CAAGUAGCAACCAAUUUGGAUGAACACCAGGAAGUGAAUGAACCAACUAAGUCUGGCAAUCUUAACUUUUUUUUAAGUGAGCAAACUUAUUUCCACAUCCAGUACAUAUUUCUCAUGAAAAUAACAACUCAUUACGACCAAUUUAAUUCCUCUCGUCGAUCGACAGUUAUUACGCUUAAAGGAGCACUAAAGUGUGGCUCAGACUGGAUUUUUGCUUCCCACAAGGGUCGACGGGAAGGUGUUAGUACUGUAGAUGCUUACACGGACUGCUGAACAUGAGGGAACAAAGACAACAUGGACAACAUUACCUCAUGGUCAUGUCCACAGGCAUGCAAGUGAGUUUAGGUAACUACUGCACUGUUAAAUCACCUCCUUUUGCCCGGCUAACCAAAGUGCUCCGCGGGGGCCAUUUUCUGCCCCUUUUUCCGAAUAAGACCCCUGGUUUAUGUAGACAUAUUCAAACAAUUACACCAAAACCUUUACUUUCAUGCACUGUUAUAAAGUAUUUUUUAUAUUUGGGGAUGUUGUAUUUUUACAUACAUUUGCCCUGUUCAUGGGCACUGUAAGGGCACUGUUCCACCAUUGUGUCAUUGUAAACAUACGACCCUCGUCCAACCAGUGCCUAAAGACUUUUUAGUGAUCCCACUAGUUUCUAAAGACUAGUUAGUAAGUCUAAGCAGUCUCUAGCUACUUUUAGUAAGUCAAACAAGUAGUUUUUUUUGCGUUCUUAGUCAGACAUUAGAACAAAUAAGUGUUGUAUCUUUGAGCUGCUAAGCAUGAAGAAACAUCAGUCACCACUAGAGGUCACUAUUAACUCAUAACUACGCCUCUCUGAACGCGCGCACGCACACGUGCUGAUUGGAGUGGCAGGCAGAGGUGGCGAAGUUUCACAUUCGUUAAAUGGGCAGAACUGCACUAGAACCUCACAGCUGAGAAGUCAUGAUGUGAGCCCCCCUCCUCCACCUGGGAGGAGGCACUUCCUGCGGCACCAAGAGCAGGAUGAAGAUCAAGUGAACAUCGCAUCAGAAUGAGAUCAUCAGUCUGCGCCCCACCCUCCCUCCUCUUCCUCCUCCUCUUCUUCAUUUUCUUUUUGGGGCGUCAGCAUCACAUUGCCGCCCGGCUCUCGUGGCUUCGCCUCCUCAUGUCCUUUUGCUUGUGGACAGAUGCGCUGAAGGUGAUGGCCUCUCAUCAACACUUCCACCCACACUCCAUCAAGAUCCCGGGCGACAUCACGCUGGGCGGCCUGUUUCCCAUCCAUGCCCGCGGACCCCAUGGUCUGCCCUGCGGUGAGCUGAAGAAGGAGAAGGGCAUCCACCGCAUGGAGGCCAUGUUGUACGCUUUGGACCAAAUCAACAGCGACCCCGAGCUGCUGCCCAACAUCACGCUGGGUGCUCGCAUCCUGGACACGUGCUCCAGGGACACGUACGCCCUGGAACAGUCCCUGACCUUUGUCCAGGCCCUGAUCCAGAAGGACACGUCUGACAUCCGUUGCUCCAAUGGAGAACCGCCGGUCAUCCGAAAACCAGAGCGUGUGGUGGCGGUUGUUGGUGCCUCAGCCAGCUCUGUGUCCAUCAUGGUGGCCAACAUACUGCGUCUCUUUGAGAUCCCUCAGGUGAGUUACGCGUCGACUGCUCCAGAACUGAGCGACAACAACCGCUAUGACUUCUUCUCUCGAGUGGUUCCUCCAGACUCGUACCAGGCUCAGGCCAUGCUUGACAUUGUCAAAGCCCUCGGCUGGAACUACGUUUCCACGCUGGCCUCUGAGGGAAAUUAUGGCGAGAGCGGCGUGGAUGCCUUCAUGCAGAUCUCCCGAGAAGCUGGUGGGGUGUGCAUUGCCCAGUCGGUGAAGAUCCCUCGUGAGCCGACCGAUGGUGAGUUUGACAAGAUCAUCAAGCGUCUGAUGGAGACCAGCAAUGCCAGAGGAGUCAUCAUCUUUGCUAAUGAGGACGACAUCAAACAGGUCCUUGAGGCAGCCAGGCGUGCCAACCUGACUGGCCACUUCCUGUUUGUGGGCUCUGACAGCUGGGGGGCAAAGAGCUCACCAAUCAUGGAGCUAGAGGACGUUGCAGAGGGCGCGGUGACCAUCCUGCCAAAACGAGCGUCGAUAGAUGGUUUUGAUCAGUACUUCAUGUCACGCUCUCUGGAGAACAACCGCAGGAACAUCUGGUUCAACGAGUUCUGGGAAGACGACUUCCGAUGUAAACUGACCCGUCCGGGAAUCAAAGUGGACCCUGGCAAAAAAAAGUGCACAGGCCAGGAGAGAAUUGGCCUGGACUCUUCUUACGAACAGGAGGGGAAGGUCCAAUUUGUGAUUGAUGCGGUCUAUGCUGUAGCUUACGCGCUACACAGCAUGCAGCAGAACCUUUGCAGCGCCGCCUCAGGAGUCUGUAGCAACAUGGACCCAGUGGAGGGACGCGCUUUGCUCGACUACAUCCGAGCCGUCAAUUUCAACGGAAGUGCAGGCACCAGCGUUCUGUUCAAUGAGAACGGAGACGCUCCAGGUCGCUACGACAUCUUCCAGUUCCAGAUGACCAACCACAGUCACCCUGGUUACCAUGUCAUUGGCCAGUGGACCAAUAACCUGCGUCUCAACCUAGAGGAGAUGCAGUGGUCUGGAGGAGAUAAAUCACUUCCAGACUCCAUUUGUAGUUUUCCCUGUAAGCCAGGAGAGAGGAAGAAGAUGGUGAAAGGGGUCCCCUGCUGCUGGCACUGUGAGCUCUGCGAUGGUUACCAGUACCAACUGGACGAGUUCACCUGUGAGAUAUGUCCAUCAGACAUGCGGCCGGUUCCCAACAGAACCGCCUGUCGUCCGACUCCGAUCAUAAAACUGGAGUGGAACUCCCCCUGGGCCCUAGUGCCCGCCGCCCUUUCCAUGCUUGGUAUCCUAGCAACCAGCACGGUUGUCAUCACUUUCAUCCGCUUUAAUGACACGCCCAUUGUUAGAGCGGCUGGAAGAGAGCUCAGCUAUGUUUUACUGACAGGAAUCUUCCUGAUCUACUUGAUCACUUUCCUGAUGAUUGCGGAGCCGGGUGUGGUGGUUUGUGCGUUCCGGCGCCUCCUGCUGGGCCUCGGCAUGGCCAUCACCUAUUCGGCCAUGCUGACCAAAACCAACCGCAUCUAUCGAAUAUUUGAACAGGGCAAGAGGUCGGUCACGCCGCCCAAAUUCAUCAGCCCCACCUCCCAGCUGCUUAUCACCUUCAUCCUCAUCUCUGUCCAGGUAUUUGGUGUGUUUGUGUGGUUUGCUGUCGUCCCACCUCACACCAUUGUCGACUACGACGAGCUCCGCCCUCCGAACCCUGACCUGGCUAGAGGAAUUCUCAAGUGUGACAUGUCGGACCUGUCACUCAUCUGCUGCCUCAGCUACAGUAUCGUUCUCAUGGUAACGUGCACCGUGUAUGCAGUUAAAAGCCGCAAAGUCCCAGAGACGUUUAACGAGGCAAAGCCAAUUGGCUUCACCAUGUACACCACCUGUAUCGUCUGGCUGGCCUUUGUGCCAAUCUUCUUUGGUACAGCCCAGUCAACAGAAAAGAUGUUCAUCCAGACGGCCACUUUGACCGUGUCCAUGACUCUCAGUGCGUCCGUCUCCCUCGGGAUGCUCUACAUUCCUAAAGUCUACGUCAUCCUCUUUCACCCUGAGCAGAACAUUCCGAAGAGGAAGCGAAGUUUCAAGGGUGUGGUCCAGGCUGCCCACUUGUCUCACAAAUCCUUCAAGGAGAAACAGAAUGGAAAGACCAACUUUGAGCCAGAAUGACAGAAUGCGGUAAACUCAAGUCAUCCUUCAGCAUGAAGGACGCCGUCGGACCGAUCCCGGCACACCGGAUGCUGGAGUUGCCAACGUGAACAUCAGACACUUCACUUCCUUCUGAUUCCUUCAGUGUUUUUCUGAUCUGCUUUCCUGCUUGUUUUUCUUCUCGGUGUUUGCGGUUGACGCUGCUUUUCCCAACUUGUAUGCAGCCAAGGCACAUGUUUCAUACUAGAAAAAUCUCAAGGACCACCACCAAACAAAAAUGUAUAUUUGAAAUAAUGACGAUCUUGUCUCAAUUUACUCACAAAUUUAACUUACGGUACUCCUCGUGAAAUCCGAGCAUUAGUUGAAUGUAAAUAUUUAUUAUUUUUCUAUACUGCUUGUCCUCAUUAGGGUGACUAUUUGAGAAGCACUGGAGUAGCCUAACAUGCAUGCUUUUGAGAUGUGGGUGGAAGCCGGAGUACACGACGAAAACCCACACGAGCACGAGGAGAACAUGCAAAUGGAGAUUCAAACCCUUGCUCUCCUGACUGCAAGGCACAAAUGCCGACCACCGUGCACCGUGCGGCACAAACAUUUGUACUAAAUUAUUUUUAGACCAAUAAAGUGAAAUUUGAUAAUGUCACUUAUGUGCUGCAGUACAGUAAUGAAUCACUGCUUUAAAGGAAAGAAGCGGUUGACCAAUCAGCGUGUGAAUCUUUCAAAAUCAUUUGUGUGUGUUUUUUUUGUUUGUUUCUUCUCGGACAUUUAUUCACUGCUGUUUCCUUCAUUUCUGACCGGUUUUGCUUCUUCUAAACAUUGUGAUGAUCACAUGAGGUGGAAUCGGUUCUAACCAAUCAACCGAGCAUCCACUAGGUGGCGCUAGAACUCUGAAAACCUGGAAUAUCUAUAUUGUGGCUAAAACAAUGAUUUUGUAAAAUAUUUGUUUGAACUCAUUAAAAUUGAUAAUACUUUUAUUUUUCCUUUGGAUGAUUCUGUUGACGUGAUUUAUUACGUUUAUGUACAAGCAACCAGACCCGUGUGAUUAAAAUCUGUCAA